AUGGAGUACUGUUGUUUGUGGUCGCAGAUAGGGUUUAGGGUGUUCGAUAGAAGGACGACGAUGAGCCGCCGCAGAGGCCAGAAGGUGGACCUGAAGCUGAACCUGGCGCCGCCGCCGCCGACGAGAGGGGACACGUCGAGAAGGGCGGCUGCCGCCGCUGUCAGCGACGGGGAGUCCUCGCUGAGCUCGUGCCUGUCGUCCGACGCCGACAGCCCCGAAGCGACGUCGUCGAUGGUGCUCGCCGCCUGCCCCCGGUGCCUCAUGUACGUCAUGCUCUCCGAGGAUGACGCCAGGUGUCCCAAGUGCAAGAGCGCCGUCCUCCUCGACUUCCUCCACGACUCCACCACCACCAAGACGACCAGGAAGCCCUGA